CUUAUACAGAUACACUGGCAGGCCUUUUGGCACUUGCUGCCCUUCGGUGGUGGUCGGCUGCUUCCCCCUUGGCAAUAUUCCACCUGCACCGAGCCAGUCAGCCAGAGCAGUUCGACCGUUUAUCACUGGCACAAUGUCAUAGACGAGCAUGAGGCCCAAGUCCUAGGCUAGCAACUUGCCAACUCCUGCCCACAGCCAUCGCCAGUCGGGGAUUUUGAAGCAAGAAGACCAAUCUGCUCCGUGGAACACAACCUCAGCCCUUCGUGGCGGCACUUUCACCAUGGCGGCAUUGCCUUCUUUUUCCCGUGUAAACGAUAUUGUCUUGGUCCACUCCCCUACUACCACCGAUGGGCCUCCAUCUUCGGCUGCAGCAUCGCAGCCCUCGCGGUCCAGCGAUGCCCUGGCCCGCGGAGCGCCACAGACAAUCUUGUUCCUCUCCUGGGGGGAUGCGAACUUGCGCCACGUUGAGAAGUACAUCAAUUUGUACACUGAGCUCUAUCCGGCGGCCACCAUCAUCAUAGUCAAGAGCGGCAUGGCAGAUUUCUUCUACCGCACGCAGCAGACUCUGCGCAGACUCCUGGAGCCCGUGGUCAAGAUGCUGCGUGAGUCGGGCGAGGACUCUCUUCUCGUACACAUCAUGUCCAACGGCGGAUCCAAGCAGUGGUGCGAAAUCAACAAGUUGUAUUCGGAAGCCACUGGACGCACCCUGUCCAACGCCGUCACCAUCUUGGACAGCGCCCCCGGACGCUCCCGCUUCAAGCAGACGUUUGCGACUCUGUCACGAAGCUUGCCCCGCGCCUUUCUGCCGAGAAUGACACUGGGUUUUGUCUUUGGCGUUUUCCUGUGCAUAAUGCAUGUUGGAAAAUACGUCCUGCCCUGGCCUGACCUGCUGGAAGUAAUCAGGUCGAGGAUGAAUGAUCCUGCAGGGAUCGUGAAGGGGGUUAGGAGAUGUUACAUAUACUCUGAGCAAGAUGACAUUAUCGGAUGGCAGGACGUCGAGGAUCAUGCCAGGGAAGCCGAGCAGAAAGGCUGGGCGGUGGAACUGGUCAAGUUCCAGGGCAGUACACAUGUUGGGCACUUCAAGCACAACCCAGCGAGGUAUCGCGAGACGAUUGAGAAAACAUGGGUUGGAAGGUCGAAAUUAUAGAGAAUAACACCUGUCUCUGUUCAAACACACAAUGGAUUGUAGUAUGAAGAAGUGGCAUUGCAAGAGCGUCUACAAGAUGAGCAUAGUUGGGACAAUAUCACUCUCGCACGUCUUAAUCGCUUGUCGCAGCACACCGUACUGAGACAUUGAUGGUUCUCGUGAUGUAGAUACCUGCUUUGUAGCAUUCAAUUAUCUUCUGC